AUGAGGCGAUCCCAUGGUGAGGGCCGUAUUUGUUUUGGUAUGGUGAUUUUGUAUUACCAGCGCUGCUUCAACGCGAGUGCCAAUCCGCCAUACCGACGCCGCUCCUCUGAUCCACAAACCGUGCGAGAGAAGGGGGAUUUUCGGCGAGAUAUGAAGUUUUCAAAGCAGCGACCCCUUCCAAAUGUUCCAUGGCUGCAAGACAAGAAAAGAACCUACAUGGACGAUGCAGAAAGGUUGUAUGGACGGAAAGAAGCAUGGUGUAGAAUUGAGGAUAAGGCACUACGGGAGAAACUCGCAUCUCUGUUACAAGAUUAUUUAAGAGAUACAAUUGACGCAACGAAACAGGAAGUUCGUGACGCGCGGAAGUACAUGCAGCUCUGUGAUCGAAUGGAUGCUGAAUACCGUGCCUAUGUUACGGCAGCGGCAUUCUCUUCACCGCAACUGUUGCGAACAUGGGCAGUGGAUUUGUCCCAGAAAAAGGGCGAAGAGACCCAAUCGCUGCAUACAUCGAAUGAUUGCCAACAAGGCAUUCUCUCGGAAGUGGGAAAUCUGACCUCAGCCGUUGCAGACGAGAAAAUAGAUAAUGGGAAAGAUGACAACGAGGAAGGGGGACACAUGGAUGAAAGUAAUGCACGAAGAGAUUUUGUGAAAGCGCGCCGUCUCCAGGGUGAGCAAGCGAUUCUGGAGAAUACUCCUGCCACAAUGGACCUUUCGGCGGCGGAGAAGCGAAAUGCGCCUUACUCUGCCUUCCCCUUCCUGCGCCAACGGGCCCUUGAGAAUGAAGCCUCAUUGGACCCCUCAUUGGUGGAUUGGACAGCGAAGUACUUUCCUGAAGAUGACGACCGCACAUUUACAUCUCCUCCGAAACUGCGUAAUGAUGUCGAGGAAGACAAGAGAGAGGAUGGAGGCUCAGCCGCAUCGUCUUCCAGAGGUAAACCGACCGACGGCAGUGGCUCACUGCAUCCUAAGCAAAACGUGCGUCGGAGGCUGCAGCGGUCACUACGCAUCCAUGAGGAUACACACCGCCCUACCUUUGAUGCAGAAGGUGCCUUCUAUCGCGUUCGACGGCAGGGCAAUGAGGAGGAUCGUGCACCGAAGCCACGUGCAGCUCGUGGCUCUGACGCAAGCAGUGAUCGUGAUCGUGAGGUGGUCAAGGUGUCGUGGGACACAGUGGUGAAGGCAAAAGAGCCGGGGUAUUCCGCGGAUAUCUUGCGUGCCAAAGAGCGGCUUAUACGGCUUUCACGAGGCGAGGACCCGCAGACUAUUCCUUGA